CUGAGACGUUUUACAUCAAGAGCAACACAAACGCCGACAGUCAGAGAAGCGAAGGACUCACAGACGAUUCUUAAGCUAUAGCCACUUCAUAUCAUAAGAAUAUUUAGAUGCAUUUAAUAUUGAGAGAUGUAUAUGUAGCUAUAGAUUCUGUAGUGCUGAUGUCGACACAGCUGAUGUAAGGCAAGACACAUUAAUAAAAGACACGUGGAGAGCCCCGUAACUCGGGGUUGAACGCUUCAUCACUUUUGCCUGCCAGACUCAUUUGGGCAAGGAGCAAUUCAGUAAAAAUGGAGAAUCUGCACCCCCACUGCCUUAAAUGCAUCAACAGAAGAUGCAUGAUAAGACCAGAGUCUGGGAUUUCCUGUGACCUCAUCGGCUGCCCUCUUGUCUGUGGGGCAGUUUUUCACUCAUGCAAACUAGAGGAACAUCGUCUGCUGUGUCCAUAUGAACGGCUGCCUUGUCUAAACAGUGGGUUUGGCUGCCCAUUCACAAUUACAAGGAUCAAGAUGGCUCAGCACCUUGAGACUUGCCCUGCAAGUAUUGUAUGUUGUACUAUGGAGUGGAACCGCUGGCCUGUGAGCUAUGCAGAUCGCAAGUCCUAUGAAAACUUGAGCAAAGAAUUUGAUGAGGUGGAGCAGCUAGACAUGGCCUUGGCCCUGCAGGAUCAGCGGAUGUUGUUACAGUCCCUGAAGGUUACAACCACUGUGUCAAAAAAUGGAGAAAAGGAAGUGGAUGAAGGUGACAAGAUGGCCACGGCAUCAAGUUCACCAGAGAUGGUGUUGGGUAAUGGAAUAAUGGAGAUGGAAGAAGAACCCUAUAAUGAGCUGUAUAGGGCCUCAGUGGACACAAGCAGAAGUUUGGCAGCAGCUUUGGAUAUCCUCAGUAAUUCUAAAGAUAUUGGUGUAAUUGUUGGAAAUUUAAAUGGGGAAAAGACUGAUAAGAAUGGAGCAAUCCACAAUGGAGAAAAUGGUGACAGUAAUUAUGUUUAUGUCGCUGAGGGUGGGAAGAAUGUAAAUAUGCAAGAGAGUGACUCUGAUUCUGACUGUGAGCUUGGAGCAGUAGGUGGAGUGGAUUGUGCUGUGCGAACAGAUGGAGAAGAAGACAGUGUUAGUUGGGCAGAAGAAAAUUUUGUUGAGCUGUUUUUUGAAAAGGAGGAGGAUAUUACCGAGGAGCCAAUAAAUGAUUCCCACCUUGUCUGGCCAGAGAUGCCUCAGAAUUACAUGCCUGUUGUAGCACUGGAGCCUCCUGUGCCUCAACAAGAACAACUUGCACCUCAAAUGCCGUUCUUGAUCUCUGAUCACGUGCGAAAUAACUUCCUACAACACUUACCCACUGAACUCAGGUAUAGGUGCUUGGAGCGUAAGCUACAGAGUGUAGAAGUCCUUAGAGGUAUAAGUAUGUUUACAUUUAAUGGACGUCGAACUCUGUUGUCAGACCCCUACUUGAUUCGAGCAAAGAUGGAGGACAAGGCAGUAGACACAUCUGACCUGGAGGUAGCAGAUGACCCCAUGGGCCUCCAUGGGAUUGACCUAAUCACUGCAGCUUUGCUCUUUUGCCUUGGCGACUCUCCAGGGGGCAGAGGAAUCUCAGACAGCAGAUUUGUUGAUGGCUACCACAUUAACUUUGGUACUCAGACAUUCUCCUUCCCUUCAGCCAUUCUUGCGACCAACACCAUGGUAGGUGAUAUUGCUUCAGCCUCAGCCUGUGAUCACGCCAGCCCACAGCUUUCCAACCCAAGCCCCUUCCACACUCUCAGGCUGGACCUGGUGCUUGAAUGUGUGGCUCGAUACCAAACUAAGCAGCGCUCCAUGUUCACUUUUGUCUGUGGGCAGUUGUUCCGUCGUGAUGAGUUCUCGUCUCAUUUCAAAAAUGUUCACGGGGAUAUUCAUGCCGGACUCAAUGGCUGGAUGGAGCAGCGCUGUCCCUUGGCCUAUUAUGGCUGCACCUACUCCCAACGGCGAUUCUGCCCAUCUGUGCAGGGCUUCCGAAUCAUCCAUGACAGGCACCUCGGCUCCUUUGGGGUUCAGCCUGGUUUGCCCUUAAAAGCUGGGGAUAGCCUCCAAAGAAACACCUGCCACUUUGUCUCUAAGUGUGAUCAGUUCAGCAGUCUUCCAUUUGAAGUGUUGCAACAUGUAGCAAGCUUCCUGGACAGCUUCAGCUUGUGCCAGCUGUCCAGGGUCUCCCGCACCAUGAGGGAUGUGUGUGCCAGUCUCCUCCAGAUGCGUGGCAUGGUCGUUCUGCUGUGGGAGAAGAAACGGUGUGCUGAUGGGUCUCUCUCAUGGCAGAUCACUGAUAAGGUGUGGCGCUUCAGCACAGCAUUCGGUACAGUGAAUGAGUGGAAGUUUGCCAAUAUCGCCAGCAUGGCCGACCACCUCAAGAAGUGCAAGUUUAACACGAUUGCUCGUCGGGAGGAGGCCAUUCCUCUGCCAUGCAUGUGUUUCACCAGGGAGCUCACAAAAGAGGGGAGAUGUUUACGUUCGGCUCUCAAACCAGUAGCAUGAGUAUGAACAUCUUUUGGACAUUUCUGAGACCAUCAGAACCCAAGAAACAUGUUCCUUCAGUGUUUACAGACAUGAGUCCUUUCCGGCCUCAAAAGAUAGAAAACAUCUGGUUGGAUGCUAUAAAAUGUUGGUUUUCUUUGCUUCACAGUGAAAAUAUGAUUCACUCCCAUUAACAGGACGCAGCCGGUAAUGGGUUGGUGUAUAUCAGCGGAGGCUGGCAUGCUGCAGUCCCAUAUCAGGACAGUAAAGAAGCAGAAUUACACUGCUAGCCUUCUUUUCUUCCCUCCGGUGGAUUUAUUAAUACAUACCGUUGUACCAUUAUUUACUCUGACACUGUGGAAAUAAUCAGAUGUUUUGAUGUGGAUUCUUUUUUAUUUUUAUAUUAAAAAGUCAGUACUGUGCUACAUCAGA